AUGCCACGGGCGGCCAUGUACGCCCUGAUUGAUGCCAUGGAUGGCCUAGAGAGGGGAGGGACAUCAACGCCGGCCCUCGUCUUGAUCAUCAUCAUCGUCGUAGUCUUCUUCGUGUUCUUCUCGGUCUUGGCAGGAGGUGUCAACACAAGCCGCCGCUGGGUUCAAACAUGGAGGAGAAGCCGCGAGAAGUCUCCACUGAGGAAAGACCCAGAAGAUGACAACAACAUGGAGGAUACAAACAUGGAGGUUGCACAGCUGCAAGGCCUGGUGGCGGAGCUGCGCGAGGGUCUCCGCGUCUCCUUGGCCGAGCUGUGCGAGCUGCGCCAGAAGGACCGGCAAUUGGAGGAGAGCCUGCAGGCUCACCAGACCGACGCGGAUGAUAAGAUUAUGGGCCUCAAGAACUCUCUCAACACUUUCAAGGAGGAGCUGAGCGCUGCAUUCUUCCACAUCCAGGAUGUCUCCAACAGACAGCGGGAACUGGUCAAGCAGCUGGAACAACUUCAACCAGAACCCAUCAAUACUCCACACAGCAGGAAGAGCUCCAAAUCAGACGUGCUGAGCGCAUCAGACGAGCGAAUCUGCACGCCCGGCCAAUCGGAGCUCAGCAUCAUCCAGCGCUACUUCGGAGAAUCGCCGCAGUCGCAGAGGAGUGCCACGUCUACGCAGGCGUCCAACUCAGAGCAGCAGAGGUGCGCUUCGUCCCGAAAUCCGGCGUGGGGGGAUGGCAGGAGCGGUAGAGAAGACGCCGACACACCUGACAGCUUCAGUGAAAACAGUAUGCGACAAAAGGCAGCCCUGGAGCUACUGGAAUCUGAGAGAAUUUACGUAUCGCACUUGUCUCUUCUCCUGAAGGCUAACAUUUCCUUCAAUGGCUCUGACGCGAUCGCCGCUAAGGACAAACGUCCGUUUCCCAGCUGUUUGCGGUUCCUGAUCCAGCAGCACCUGGACUUGCUCCACUCUCUCCAGGAUCGCGUCCUCAGGUGCCAGUGGCAAGGCAUCAUGGGAGAUAUCUUCAUGAGGCUCACCAGCAAAGAGAGUGACUUCCUGGAGUUGUACGUGUCCUACCUGAAGGAACUUCCCGACUGUCUAGCUGUUGUCACCACGCUGGCCUCCAAUUCUGUCAAGUCUUCUGCCUUUCUGGAGAAUGACAUCAUGGGCGACGAGUCCAAACCGUCCCUGCGUACGUUGCUUCUCCAACCGGUGCAGAGGAUUCCGGAAUACUUGCUGCUGCUGCAGGGCUUACUGAAGCAGACGGAGGCGUCCCACCCGGACUACUACCUUCUGCUGGUGUGCAUCCAGCAGUUCCGCUGCUUCUCUAGCCAGCAACAGCACCUCCUCCAGCGCAAUCAGGAGCUCCUGAUGCACAACCGCCCGGAGAUCAAAAGAUCAUCCAUGAAGCAACUUGUCAGGACUAUGGAAGGUGGCCUUCAAGGUUCUCCAUACCCUCACAGUAGCACUGCUUUGGAUCAUGUUACCCAUGCCAAACACAGCAAGCAACGUCUCCUGGAUCAGAUCCAGUCCAGCCAUCGCUUCCACGAUUGGGAACGCGAGCCUGAAACAGAAUGUUACAACGCCGAUUGGACGCCCCAGCUGCAGCUCUACAGCCCCGACAUUGAUUUGCGCAAGCACAAAGCCACAGGUCUGGGUAGCAUCCCUGAAAGCGAAACGUUCGAGCGCGCCCGCCAGCAUCCGCCACCCUCCAGACCCUCGGAAUUCCGACAAGUUCAACCAGGCUCGGCUCUGGCCGACGCCUUGGAGGAGUUUCUUCUCCCGCCGGACCCGCCCGGGAUGGAGUGUUUCUACGAAGACGACACGAGUUCCCUACACGAGGCGUUCGACCGCUGCUCCUCAGCUUCUUCCGAUUCGUCCGUCGACAUCGCGUUCGUCAAGUGUCCGAAAGCUCCAGCGACCCCGUCGCGACACGUGCCGACGAGAGAUGUCUUUGGGAACGGCUACAACAAAGUCCCCAACCGAGGGUGCGUCUCUCCGGAUGAAGCUUUGCUGAUGCGUCAUGCUCACCAACGCCCCCUUCAGCCCAGCCAGCGUAAAAAAAGCAAGUCGCUGAACGGCCUGCAGAUGGACAGCAUGUUGGAAGUGGGCCAAGCCAAACUGGAGCGGCAGGGCAGCAGGGGCAGCAGGGGUUGCGCCACGCCGUCCCGCAAGAUCCACAACUCACCAGGAAGCAGAAAGGACGGCGAAAAACCGGGAGAAGACCUUCAUGGACUAUUGGGCAUGGACCCAACCAUGCAGCCUUGGGGGGGCGAGGAGAACCAACACCACCACACGCCCUUCAGCGAGAGAAGCCGAAAACAGGACAAAGGAGGAUUCAGGAGCUCCUUUAAGAAACUCUUCAAAAAGAAAGGCGGCGACGACAAGAAAGAGAAGGCGGCAGAGAAAACGCAAGAAAAUCCCCAAGUGGACGGAAGAGGCACUGCAGUGUGA